UAGAUGCUCGCUUUGAAAGAUUAUACCCGCAUUGCAGAUAGCAUUAUCCCGUACGCUGUCGCCGAUCCUUUUGGUUAAUUUUGCCGAAAAACCUAUUUCCUCAGUCCUGACUUGAUAAGGCUACUUACUCCACAGAAACCGCGUGAAGCCUUGCAACCAGUGAAGAAUUCUUUCGUUUGUUCCUUUUGAGUGUGAAAAUACAUGGCUGAGUAGCCUGGCACGCGUGCGUUUCACAGGACAUUCUUUCAUUUUGGAGUGCUUGGGUAAAACGGCCGAUGGGGUAGUACUCGCGGGGUUGAAGAUACUUUGGCUAAGAGUCAACGAUAACACCUCCGAAGAUGAAACGACGAUUAUUCAGGUUCGAAGAAAUGGUCUUUUUCGUCGUGUUCCUUUUCUUAGAAAUCAGUUUGGUCCACGCAGCUUGCGAAUGCGGGUUCUCCAUGGACGACACAAAAGAUUACUUCACACAUGUUAUAUACAACAAUUUCAGCACAUUGUCACCGUCGAAAAGGCUCGGUUCAAAUCCGGAUUUCAUAAAGGAUUGGGUCAUUCAGGACUGGGGUGUUCCUCCGAAAGGCUGGGUGAAACCUUUGGCGAUCGAUAAUGCAAAAGAAAACGUUUUCCUCCGUGAAGGCAACCUUGUAUUGCGACAACAGGGGUACUCGAAAGAACAAGCUUCGAAGAAAAGAAAAGUGAGUGUGGCUUCUAUUGCCAGCCAGAACGGCGACAUUAUCCACGGUAGUUUUCGGGCUGAGCUGAAGCUGGAAAAUGCGAAAGGUGGAAGCUGUGGCGCAUUCUUUUGGUAUCGUGACGACGAGAACGAAAUUGAUAUCGAAAUUCUCUCAAGGGAAUUCAAAUCAAAUUGGUUUCCAGUCCACUAUACAACACACCCCGCUCUGGACGAGAAUGGACAAGUCAUCAGCAAUGCCACGAAAGUGAUUCCACUACGCGACAACGAUUUGCUGAACUCCUUCCAAAGACAUCGGUUUGAUUGGACCCCGGAGGAGUUGAGAUUCUACCAGAACUCAACACAGGUGCAUUCAAACACUCUGCGGAUUCCACACGCUCCGGGCCAUGCGUACUUGAACGUUUGGGCAGACGGCGGACAGUGGAGCGGUGCACCAAGCACAACCGAUGUAUUUUUGACCAUCAGGCUUAUCGCGAUUUACCACAAUACAUCCAAGAGUGAUCAAGGGCUCGACAGAGCAUUUAACGAGCAAUGCAAGAAGGCGGGAGGGCCAUCGAAUGUAACAAUAUGUCUUGAUACGAGCAUUGAAAGUGGGAUGGUAGACCCUUCAUCGUCAGCAUCAACGGUUGUCCCGUUGCAAAUUUGGAUUCUUUCGUUGUUAUGUGUAGCUUUAGCCGUUGUUGUCUCAGCUCUAUGAGAUAAUCAGUCAAGGAUACUUUUGGUGAACCUAUCGAAUUUAAUAAAUAGUAUGAUACCUUAGGGCUUUAUAAUUCUACCAGCCCC